CCGCGUGCACGUUGCGUCCGUCUGUCAAUCACUUUUCCCGCCGAGCGCGCGCACCCAUGAGGUUGAUUGACGGGGCCAUGGCGGGAAAAAGCGCGGAAGGUUCCGUCAAAUGGCAGCUGUGCUACGACAUCUCGGCCAGGACCUGGUGGAUGGACGAGUUCCACCCGUUCAUCGAGGCGCUGCUGCCGCACGUGCGCGCCUUCGCCUACACGUGGUUCAACCUGCAGGCCAGGAAGCGGAAGUACUUCAAGAAGCACGAGAAGCGCAUGUCCAAGGAGGAGGAGCGCGCCGUCAAAGACGAGCUGCUGGGCGAGAAGCCCGAGGUCAAGCAGAAGUGGGCGUCGCGCCUGCUGGCCAAGCUGCGCAAGGACAUCCGGCCCGAGUUCCGCGAGGACUUCGUGCUGACCGUGACGGCCAAGAAGGCGCCGUGCUGCGUGCUGUCCAACCCCGACCAGAAGGGCAAGAUGCGCCGCAUCGACUGCCUGCGGCAGGCCGACAAGGUCUGGCGCCUGGACCUGGUCAUGGUCAUCCUCUUCAAGGGCGUCCCGCUGGAGAGCACCGACGGCGAGCGGCUGGUCAAGUCGCCGCGCUGCGCCGACCCGGGACUCUGCGUCCAGCCGCACCACAUCGGCGUCUCCGUCAAGGAGCUCGACCUCUACCUGGCCUACUUCGUCCACGCCGAGGGCGGCCAAUCGGAGAGCCCGAACCAGGCCGGCGAGUCCGACAUCAAAGAGCAGACUGAAAAUGGUCAUUUGGGUUUCCAGGACAGUUUUGUCACUCCGGGAGUUUUUACCGUUUCCGAACUUGUGCGAGUCUCACAAACUCCCAUCGCGGCCGGCACGGGUCCGAACUUCUCGCUGGCCGACCUGGACGGCUCGUCGUACUACAGCGUGAGCCCCGGCGCCGUGCGGCGGCCGCUGCCCAGCACCUCCUCCUCCGGCUCUGCCAAGCGCAUCAAGUGCAUGGAGGAGGACGCCGACAGUCCCGGCGACGACCCGUAUUAUCCCGCUCAGGGACGCUCGCCGGGCAGCGUCGGCCAGGCCGGCGGCUGGCAUGAGGAGCAAGGAUAUAAGCUACGCGGCUCGCUAGCUAGCUCCUUCAUCUCCCGACAAGCCGGCCCCCACGCGCCCCCGUCCGGCCUGCACUUCUCGUCGUCGCCCAUCCUGCAGCAGCCCGCCGCCUCCUACUUCUCCCACGCCGCCAUCAGGUACCACCCGCAAGACCCCCUCAAGGACUUCGUGCAGCUGGUGUGCCCCGACGCCGCCCAGACGGCCGGACAGCCCAACGGCAGCGCCCAGGGAAAAGUCCACAAUCCUUUCCUGCCCGCGCCCAUGCUGCCCCCCCCGCCCCCGCCGCCCAUGGCCCGGCCCGUCCCGCUGCCCGUCGACGCCAAGCCGCCCGCCGCCUCGUCCGCCGAGGGGGGGGCCGACUCGCCUUCCUCGCCAACGUACUCGGCCCCGCCCGCCGGCUCUCCCGCUCAGCGAUUCGUUAGCGUCGGGCCGCGAGACCCCGCCUUCAACAUCCCGCAGCAGCCGCAGUGGUACCUGGGCUAACUUGGACUCCAGAGGCUCCUCCUGGCCCCCGCCCACCCGGACGUCCCACCGCCCGCCCGCCCUCCCGCGCCUGACUCCGCCCACCAGCGUCCACUCGUCGGCAUCGGCAUGGCUAGGGGCGGAGCCGAAACUCACAGCUCCGCCCCCAACACCUUGAGAGGUCCCUUCCUUCCUUCUUUUGGGGGUGGGGCCGAACAGGACCACUCCCCUCAUUUGCUAUGGCCCCGCCCCCUCAGGCAGGGGUCUCAUCACCAGCUAAAAGCCCCCACUGUAGACUCCGCCCCCUUGGGGGCCUACUUCCUGGAAGGAGCUGAGAGUGGGCGGGGCCUGUUGACUCACUGCUGGUUGUCACGUGACCUUGACUCCUCCUCCUCUUCCUCCUCGUCCUGCUCGUGUGUGACACAAGGGAAGCGUAUUCAAUAUGAAAUAUUGAACAUUGGAAUAUGAAAUAUGGAAUAUCCUCGUAUUGGAACAAAGUGGAGAUGAGGAAAACGUGCAAUGUUUGCAAGCUCCGAGCUGCUUUUUUUUUUUUUGGUUUUCUUCUUCCGGAAGUCCGCCGGCACCUCUGGACUCUAAAACAGGAUGUGCAAAGACAAUAAGGGUCUUCAUGAUUAGGAUUAUUGGGAGAUUAUGAUUAUCAUUAUUUGUUGAUGGUGUUGAUUUCUUUAAGCGUUCCCACUUGGUUGGACUUUAACAAAGUCGUGUACUUUUCAAAAGUUUUUUUUAUUUUAUUUGGAACUUUUAGCACACAGUCAACCCUCGCCAUUGGCCGUUCGCAGCAUCCGUCCCGCCAACCGGAGUUCCUUACGUAAGUACACGAGUACUUUAGUAGAAGUACAUCCACAACAACAAAAUGGCCACGAGCAAUAUUGUCCCAGAAAUGAUGGGAGAAACUCUUGGGAGAAAUAUACGAUUUGUUUUCAGAAAUUUUUUUUUUUUUUAAAUGUACAACUUGUUUCUUUAGAAUUCUUUUUUUUCUGAGGAAACGUGCACUUUUUUUCUGGGAAUAUAUGGCAUUUCCCCCCCUCAAAAAUACAUCCUUUUUUUUUUUUUUUUUUUUAAAUAUGUGGUUUUUGUCCUAAAAAAUAGCCUCUUUUUUAAACAUACAACUUUUUUAGAAAUAUGUGACAUUUUCUUGAAAAUUUGUGACAUAUUUUACUUUCUUUUUUCUGCUUGAAUCCCCCCCUCCCCCCCACACACACAUCUUAUUUUUAAGCAAAUGAAUCAAAGUUACUAUUAUUAUUGAGACCUCCAUUCAGCUUUUUUGUUUGUUUUUUGCGGCGGGUCUUGUUCCCGAACCCACGCCAAUAGCGAGGGUUGACUUUUUAUUUUUACAUGUUUUAUUAGACUUAGGCGACUUUCAGCAUAUUUUUAAAAACACGGUUUGGAUUUGUUUUUUAACACCUUUAAUUUGGUGACUUUUAGCCUAUUUUCUUCUCAGUGUUUGUUUGCCAGAUAAUCUUGAAGGGGCGUGGCCCCUCGUGAUUGGCCACUCUCAAAGAGACUCGGUCCAAUGCGAGCACUUAGCAUCAGGGGGGCGUGCCCUGCCUGCUGAUGUAUAGAAAUGAAAAUAUACAUACGUACGACCGUACGUACAUUAAGUAUCCUAUAUGAAACACGUGCAUGUCGUAGUGUUAGUGAUGAUGUUAGUUAGUCACAUGACAUGGCCACUCCCUUUUCUCUCUAAGCUCUGCCUCGUCACUUCUCGCUAUUGGUCACCCCCUCCCCCUCGACCCGCCCAGGCUGUCUCGCACACUUUUUGUAUAAUUAGCGACGUGGCUAGCAGUCGGCGUGAGCAGCUCCGAGAGUCGCGCGGUUAGCAGGCUAGCGCUGUGCUAUAUUGUGCGACGCAGCGGAUAAGGUAACGGCUAACGUUAAGUUUUGAUGUUAGCUUCCAGCAUGUCCUCUUGAAUCAUGGUCCGACUUUAGCUUCCAAGGUUAACUUCCAAUGUUAGCGUUAAAGAGUUUACUUCUGCCACUUAAGCGUGCUAGCGCUCUCCUGUACUUUUCGAUUGAGCAGAUACGCUACGGCUAACGUGGCCGCUAAUGACGGUUGCCAAUGCGGUGACUUGACAACUCAUCCAUUUUGUGCCUCAAAGUGGUAAUCGAAUCGGCCAAAGCGGUGCUUGUCAACUGGUGUCAUCCUGGGACCCGCAUUUUCCUGACACGCUUUAAUAGAAGUGAAGAACAAUAAAAAAAAAAAAGUAUAGCCUUUGAACACAACAUAUAUCGUAUUUUUUAAACAUAACCAGGCAUGCUUACAUGUUCGAAGUGUCUUUCAGAGCACCUUAUUAACAAACUGAGAAUGAACAUGACAACUAAAUUCUGUACCCCCGCUAUUCGCAGGGUAUAGUAGUCGAGUGCUGCCACGGCUAAUAAAAAUCGAUCCCCGCUCCCAAAAAGUUUGGAAUUGCCUAACGAUGCCACAAGCUGGCGCCAAAGCAAUAUUUGGAUACAUGGCUUUGGCCUGAGCACAAAAACAGUCAAUGCGUACGUCAGUGAAUAACUGAGGAUAGGUUCCUCCGGAGGAAAGAAAAAUCAGCCAAUAGCGGGAUUAAGAAUAUGUGCGGGUUCACUGUAUAGUCAAAUAGAAUAGGACCACAAAGUUUCACUUUGAACUUGGCACUGGUCUCCUCUUUUUAGGAAAAAACCUCACAUGCUUUGUCCCGCUAUGGCGCCGAGGUGGACCAAAUAUUUGAACCACAAGUAUGCAUGCCUGUCAAAAGGUUAUUUUCUGGCUAAAAGGGAUGCACGUUCAAGAUGUCACUGUUCCACGCCACACUGCCACAUAAUUCAAGCAAAUAUUUGUAUAAAAACACAAAUAUGAAACAGUCCAAUGAAAAACGGAAUUGAGCAUGCCUUCUUCUAUUCCGUGACAUCAUAUUUGUAUUCCUUUACGCAAACGGGUUUAUUACGCGCCAUCUAUAACUUCAUACUUCAUAUAAUCUGAGGACCCCCUUCAUUUCCCCCCCUCUUUUAUCUGUCCGUGACCCACUUUUGGGUCCCGACCCAUCAGUUGACAACCGCCGGGCUCAUGGGUCCAAUUAACCUAAAAAGCUAACUCGACUAAUACAGCACAGCGCCAGCUUGCUAAUUGAGUACACUACAAAAACUCCAAAUCUUACCGAGUGAGUUGAUCUUAUUUCUAAUCUCAUGUUACUGUACUUAUUUUAAGACAGUUUUGACUUUUCUUUUUUUUUUUUUUUCAGCAAAACUAAAAGAUCUUAUUGUAAGAAUCUUAUCAAGUUCAUUCGUACUAGUUCCCUUGGCAAAUUUGCUCUCUUAUUUUAUGGCCAAAAUGUCUUGUUUUAAGUGAAAAAUCUGCCAAUGAAACUCGUACGAAUUGACUAGAUAAGAUUCUUAAAACCAGAUCUUAUAUCUUAAAAACGUCUUUUUGGCUUGCUGAAAGAUUUUGCGUAUCUGCAGUGUAACGUCAACUCUUUCCCACACCCGCGAGGAAGCUAACACCCACUUGAACUUUUGUCAAAUUAGCAACUUGGCUAACGGUUCGCCCAAGCAACUCCAAGAGUUGACAUCGUCCCGUUAGCGAGCUAGUGCUAACGGUUAACGCGGCGGCUCGACAAACAAACAAUCCAUUUAGUGCCUCAAAGUGGCAAUUGAACGCAGCUAGCUAGCUAGCUAGCGGGCUAGCUAUAAUCGGCUAAUGGAUCUAAUUGCCCUAAAUAUCUCGCAUGAGAAAAAAACGUUUACGGAAAGGGAAUCAAUGUUGAUGACAAUCAGUCAUUGGAUGAAAUUGAAAAGCUUGAAUGAAAAUAAUAAGCAGAAAAAAAUGGAGGUGCUGCUUAUAGUAUUUCAUGGAGUUUGUCGGCGCCAUCUUGGCUUGUUUGGAGCGCCGCGCUAGUCACGUGACACAGAAGCAAGACAAAGUGGUCAUGCAAAAAUUUGCACUUCCUGUCAACCAAAGUUAGCACGCGACCGGCGGUGCCUCCUAUUGGUCGGUCCCUAAAAACAAAAAAAACAAAAAAAAAACAAAAAAGAGAAAACCACGCAGCCACGACGAUCGUUUCGCAAAGCUGAGCCGUCGUCACGCGGGGCGACACCGCUUCCUGUUUUCAUCCUGUGGUCACAAACGAGCUUUAACCGGUCGCAACCGUUUCACCGCAUUGACCGCGCCCCCUAAAAAUAUGUUUACACUUCCUGUCGUGGUUCCUGCUUCCUGCUUCAUCCCUCGUGCCAUGUGAUCGCUCCUGAUCAACCACUUCCUGCUCACAUGCACCACACGCCACGGAGAACCACGUUAGCGUCUGAAGUUAGCUUCUGGCAUCACCUUUAAUCUUAGCCUCUGAGCGUUAGCUUUCAAUGUUAGCUUCUGAAGUUAACUUCCAAGGUUACCUCCAAUGUUAGAGCUUCAGAAACACCAAUGUUAAUUUCCAGCGUUAGCUUCUGAAGGUUAGUGUCAAAGGUUAGAAGUCUACGUUAACGUCUAAGAUUAGCUUUCAAAGUUUACCUCUAACGUUAGAGGUGCGGAAGACCUCUUAGCUUCAAAGAUGAGUUUUCAAAGGUGAGCUUCCAACGCCUCCGUUGUUAGCUUUCAGUUUCAGCUUCUGAAGUUACCGUCCAAUGUUAGCUUCUGAAUUUAGCUAUGGAAGGUUAUCUCCAAAGGUUAGCAUUGUGUGUUAACUUUAAAGGGUAGAUUUCGAGGGGAAGCUUCCGAUGUUAGCUUCCAGUUUCAGCUUCCGAGGUGAACUUCCCAAUGUUAUCUUUUAGCGUUAACGUUAGCUUUCAAUGUCAACUUCGGAAGUUAGUUUUUUCGAAGGUUAGCUUCAAAGGUUUGCUUCCAAAGCUUACCUCUAACAGCUAAGGAAGUCCUGUUAACGUCAACGUUAGCGUCAGCAUUAGCUUCCCGGGUGUCGAAGCAGCGAGUGAAUCACAAAGUAACAAAUGUGUGAGAUUGUGUGUUGUUGGUGUUGUUGUGUGGUUGUUGCGGUGCGGCGGCGAGGACGUUCGUGUACACGCGCUCGUCACGCUGCUUUUUUGUUUUCUAGCGCGGCACUUCCUCGUGGUGUUGUCGUGUUGCGGAUGACGAUCUUCUCUUUUUCUUUGUCUUCAUCAUUCCACGCUAAUAAAACGCUUGAUUACGCAACA